CUCCCAAUGCUUUCAGGCUCGAAAAACCCUAGCUCUGAAAAAAAAGCUCUCUUCCUCUCAAACUCUAGCUUUUGCAUCUCUUCUCCCGCCAGCGACCAUGACCAAGAAGCGCAAGCUCGAGCCUAAACCCGAGCCCAAACCCGAGCCGGAGCCGGAGCCGGAGCCGGAGCCGACACCGCCAGUCAAGCAUGAAGAAGAAGAAGAAGAAGAGCACGAGCCGACCCUCUUCGACGAAGACGAUGACGUGGACGAAGACGAAGAUGACGCCCAGGAGGAGCCUGACCAUUCGGAAAAUCCUCAAAAUGCCCCUAACUCCUCCAUCGCAGCUCCUCCCUCCACCGUCGAUCCUGACGCCUCAUCAUCGGACGGCGAGGAUGACGAGGAGCCUGUCGAGAAGCUCCUUGAGCCAUUCCCCAAGGAGCAGCUCAUCGAGCUUCUCUGCUCUGCCGCAUCGACCCACCCCGACGUCCUCGCCUCCAUCCGCCACGCCGCGGACGCGGACCCGGUACACCGCAAGAUCUUCGUCCACGGCCUCGGGUGGGACACCGAUGCUGAGGCGCUCUCCGCCGUGUUCAAGAAAUAUGGGGAGAUCGAGGAUUGCAAUGCAGUCCGUGACAAGAUCUCUGGGAAAUCCAAGGGCUACGGGUUCAUCCUGUUCAAGCAUCGAAGUGGGGCUCGCAAGGCAUUGAGGGAACCACAGAAGCGGAUCGGGAACAGGAUGACCGCGUGCCAGCUGGCGUCGACAGGGCCGGUCCCUCCAGCCCCACCGCCAGCACCGCCGGUGUCGGAGUACACGCAGCGGAAGAUCUAUGUUAGCAAUGUGUCGGCGGACAUUGAUCCCCAGCGCUUGAUGCAGUUCUUUGCAAAGUACGGCGAGAUUGAGGAGGGUCCGCUUGGGCUUGAUAAGCAGACGGGGAAGCCGAAGGGAUUCACACUGUUCGUGUACAAAUCAGUUGAGAGUGCGCGCAAGGCAUUGGAGGAUCCACACAAGAACUUUGAAGGGCAUAUCUUGCACUGCCAGAAGGCGAUUGAUGGGCCGAAGCCAAACAAGCCACACUUCGCCCAUCACCCUCACCGUCAGUCUAGUACGCCCCAUGGGUCUCAUUUCCCGAGAAAUGAGAACAACCCCAAUUUCAUGGGCGGGAUGGGGAAUCAUGGUGGUGGUGCUGCAGGGGCUGGGCACAUGAUGGCCCCAUCUCCUGCUGGGAUGCCAUUCAAUACCUCGCCAGCUGCAGCGGCAGCGGGGAUAAAUCCUGCACUGGGGCAGGCACUGACUGCACUUCUUGCAACCCAGGGAGCGGGUCUUGGGCUGACGAACCUGCUUGGGACUCUUGGGACUGCAGGGAUGGCCGCUCCAGUUAAUCAGAAUGUGCCUGCAUCAAUGGUGAAUAAUGCGGGCCAUGGUAUUCAGGGUGGGUAUGGGAAUCAACAGGUUGGGAAUAAUGUUGGCCCGAAUGUGAUGGGUGGGUACGGGAAUCAGCCUGCAAUGCAGGGUGGUUACCCAAAUCCACAAAUGGGGCAGGGAAAUGCUGGGAGGUCUCAGCAGGGAGUGGGUCAUAUGGGCGGUAUCCCACCUUACAUGGGCCAUUAGGUAUGUUGCAGACUCUGGGUAUGUUAUCGUCGACUGUGUCAGACUCUGGGUGCAUGAUCAUCAUGGUUCUCAUGGAGCAUGCCUGAGGUUGGCCUUAAUGCCAUUUGAUGUAGGAUACUAUCCGUUCUGUAUGGGUUUCAGACGGAGUUACAAAAAGGUUCAUAUUUAUGGUUAAAACUUAUCAAUUACAAAGGCACCAUUUGAUAAAAACUUGUUUUCAACACUUAUCACUUAUUGUGAGCACUCAUACAAUUCAGAUCGUUUGGCAAUCCAGAUUAUUAAGUACUUAAAUUAAUUUUAACAAAAAAGAUGGGUCUUUCUUUCAGUUCCCCUCCUACCACUCAAUGCUAAAGGCUGAAUGCUGAAAGUGGGGGCGUAUUGAAAUUUCUUUUCACUUUUGACUAAAAUAUCCCUAAAAUUAUUUCAAAAGUACAAUUCAGUACUUAACUUUCAGAGUUUAUUUUCAGUUUAUCAAACGGCACCAAAGUCUGAAUCUUUACAUCUUUUUCCUAAUGGAAAUAGGAAAAAAAUCAUCAUAAUCAGGUUCUCUAAUUAAAGAUGGGUUUCUACUUUCAAUGUGGAAGCUACCUCAGAACAGCUAAUUAGAUAUGAUACUACUCGAUGUUCAUAACCUGCUAAAUAGAAAAAUAGAACUUAUCUGAACGAAAUUAAAAAAGAUGACUUUGUCCUAAAUUAGUACCACUGUUAUUGAGGGUCUACCAUCUUUUCUUUGUGGAAUGAAAUGAGCUCAAAGACUUUCUUUGUGGAAUGAAAUGAGCUUAGUGAGUAUCCUAUGGUCUAGAGUACAAAUUCCUCAAGUGGUACUGGUGGGACCUGAUCAAGUUGCACUGUUUAGCAGGUCAUUGUGUUGAACUAUUCUUCUUUUGUUUUCCCCUUGAUGAAAUGAACCUCACAUGAGUGCACCUUGAUAAACUGAAACCCAGCGAUGGGUGCAUCUCAAUAAAAUAUGGAGAUAUUCAUUAAAAAAACUGAGGUGGAUGCUUGUUGUAGGUUCCAUGCUUCAACUUUAACCUCUAUUUAAGGUAGAAUUGAAUACUGUCGUUGUUCAAGGGCCUUCCUAAACUCAUAUUGGGAAUCACGAAGGGAGGUAAACUGAUUCCAUGCAUUUGUUUGAUAUAAACAUUAAAAUAUUGUGCAUCAACUUUCCUCGUUUCAUUUGAAUCACUUGAUCUUGAUGAAAUUUCUUCAUUUUGUUAAUGGGCAGAGUUCUUUUAUGUAUGUAGUGGACACAUGCUUUCCAGAUUACUUAAAUAGCAAGUCCUUUUGAAAUUUAUUGUGCCUCGUGUUUCUUCUUUCUGUCACAUGAAGUUGUCUUUGGGUUGAUUUUCUCUUUAUAUUAGGAACUGUUUUUGGCUUGCGGUAAGUCAAAUGUAAAAUCUUUCUUGAUUAUUUUGUUACUUUGUAGCUUUUCUUGAUUUUGCAAGCUUUUUCUUUCAAGUUGCUUAAUUGAUUCUGCGAGUCUACAAUUUUGUUUUAGUUCCUAAUUUUGUAAGUAAAAUUGUGCAUUUCUAACAUUCCAUAUCUAGUGUUUAAUUCCAUACCUUUAAUUUGUAACAUCUUAUGCAUAUACUUGCAUACUGCUAAUUUGAUAAAUAGGGGGAGUUUGUAUUUCUGAAAUCUCAAUAGAAAAUUCCAAAUGGUAAAUCAUGGCUCCCAUCUGAUUUUUUUUUUUUUUUUGUUCCUUUUGUAUUUAAGGUUCAUGUUUUGGAAAUAUUUUGUUUUUUGAAAUUGCUUUUUUUAUAUUUUUCUUAUUCAUUGUGCAGAUCUUUCAUUGGUGCAUCAAUCCAUUUAGUUCUGGGCA